AAAGAGGGUGUUAGAAUUUAACUGAAAUAACUAGAAGUAUCAAGGUCGGUUAUUCCAAUCGGUGAAUUCCAAAAAAAAUCCAAUUUUUCGGUCUAUCCUCCAAACACACACACAAACACAAACACAAACCUCUGUCACACAAACACAUUGUUCCUGUAUCAGAUUACACAACACAGAACAACAACAAUGGUGUUAACUUCAAUUUCAACAAUCUCUUCAUCAACUUCAUUCCUUUCUGAUUCUCCAUCAACUUCAAAUUCCAAUUCUACCCUUUUCAGAAACAGACCUUUUCCUUCUUUUCUUGUUGGAUUUCCAAAACCACCCUUUUCAAAUGCAACCUUCAAAUUCAAAUUCAAACCAUCUUCUUCUUUUUCAUCUGCUUCCACUCAACAAGAAAAUGGGUCACCAGAACAGUUUCUAAAGAACAAUUCCAUUGCUGAUUUCAUGCGUUUCAAGAAAGGGAUUGAUGGUUCUACUGGUUUGUUGCAAACUGCUGUUGUUAGUUAUAAGAAGAAAUUUCCUUGGUCCAUUUUGAAGCCUUUUCUUCAGGUUGAUUUGAUUUCAACAAUUCACAUAGCUGAUGAAGAGUAUUUUCUGGUCCUCCAAAAGGAGCUUGAAUCCUAUGAUUGUGUUCUUUAUGAAAUGGUAGCUAGCAAGGAAACUUUACAGAAUAUGAGAAAUCCUAAAAAAAGGUUAAAAGGAUCACAAACUAGAGGUUUUAACAUUUUGGGAUUCAUCCAAAGACAGAUGGCUCAAAUUCUCAGGCUUGAUUUCCAAUUAGAUUGUCUCGAUUACCAGACUGAAAAUUGGCAACAUGCAGAUCUUGAUUAUGAGACCUUCCAAUUACUCCAGCGAGCAAAAGGUGAAAGCUUAUUUACUUUUGCAAAGGAUAUGACUCUUAGAUCUACAAAGGCGAUGUUGCAGCCUUCCAUUCCAGAAGAUCUUGAUCCAUGGAGAUCAAAGCUUUUAUGGGCUUCACGUGUACUUCCUAUGCCGCUUGUUGGCCUUCUUAUCAUCGGAGGCGUUUGUGCAGAUGUGGGAAGUCCAACAUCAGAUUAUCCUGAAAUUGAGGCAUUGUCAAGGCUUGAUUUGAGUGGUGCCAUGAAAGUCUUUCUUGCAAAGAGACUAACAUCUGAGUUGACACAAAAUACAGCAGAUGUAGAGGAGAAAUCUGUUAUAAUUGGUGAGAGAAAUCGAGUUGCAAUCGAGAACCUCAAAAGUGCAAUGGAUAAGGGACAAAAUAAGAUUGCCAUACUUUAUGGCGGUGGCCACAUGCCGGAUCUCGGAAGGAGGUUGAGGGAAGAGUUCGAUUUAGUCCCGUCCAACGUGGAGUGGAUAACAGCUUGGUCCAUAAGGAAAACGAAACUUAAUACUAGUUCACUUCCAUUUCUUAAGACAAUGGCUAAAGCUUCUGGUUGGCCAUUGAACCGCUAUCAAACAUUGGCAUUGCUCAUCUUUUCAUCGUUCUUGGCGUUGGAUUUGUGGUUUUGGGAGCUAUUGUUUGGCUCCGCGGUGACUUGGGUCUCUGACGUUGCCUCGGAAGUUCUUCUGUAUGUUGGUAAUUAAAAGAUGAUAAUUGUCAUUGGAUUAAAAAAAUUCAUACUAAUUACUAAUUUGGAUAAAAAGAUACUUUGUAUGUGCAAAUGUAAAAAUGAAAAUUUUAUCAAACAAUUGUAAAAUUCAAAACCAGUUCACAAGAACACCAACAUUGUUGCAAAUAAUCUUGUAAAAGACAUCUCGUUGGAUAAAAGAGAUUGUUGUUACAGUA